UGCUGCCUCUCCCCUCCCCGUGCUCUCCUCCCUCACUCUCCUCUCCUUGCAUGGACCUGCAGUAUACGAGAGCUCCACUGCAGUGUAGAGAAGGGCAGAACGGCUGUGUUGGUACGAUGCGUUAGAAGAUGGUGCAUCAGGAGAAACGCGUUUACCAGGCUCAGAGGAAUGAGAGAGAGUCAAUCAGGCAGAAACUUGCCCUUGGCAGUUUCUAUGACGACGAGCCUGUCAUCUAUACCAGCUGCAGCAAGAGCACCCCAUCCUCUCGGCUGCAGAGCGGGGUGAAUCUGCAGGUUUGCUUUGUCAACGACAGCAGCAGUGACAAAGACAGUGAUGCUGAGGACAGUAGGACCGAGACCAGCUUGGACACACCGCUGUCACCGAUGAGCAAGCAGAGUUCAUCACUAUCAGACCGGGACACGGCAGAAGAGGACUCGGAUCCGUUGGACGACUGCAGCGGCUUCUGGCGGGUGCAGAGAAGGCUGCAGGAGGAGGCACGGGUGGCGCUGGCACUGGCUCGACCCAUGGCUCGCAUGCAGGUGGAGGUGGAGAGGCAAAUCCAGCUGCACAGACGUUCGCCUGUUGCCGACCUGCUCCCUCAUCUGCCCCACAUCAGUGAGGGGUUGGUGAAAUGGAACCUGAAGCAUGGGGACAUGAGGGAUAUGAGUCUGGGACAGCUGCAAGUCAUAACAAAUGACUUACACUCACAAAUUCAGAAUCUAAACGAGGAGCUGGUGCAGUUGUUACUAAUGAGGGAUGAGCUGCAUGUGGAACAAGAUGCUAUGCUGGUGGACAUAGAGGACCUAACCAGGCAUGCGCACAGCCAUCAGCGGCACCAAACAGAGAAAGCGGUCUCUAAAUAAACAUCCUAUCCACACGUGUCCGUUUGCACGCCAUCCACCCUCCCAUGCCAGACUGUUGCUGGUGUUUUGUGUUUUUACUAACUCGAGCCAUGGUCAUGAUGUUUGGAAACCCCCCCCCAAAAAAGCCUAUAGCAUGAACACGCAUGCAGUUUAUCGUAUCGCGUGACUCAGUCUAAAAAGCCCCAAACCAAAGUCAAAAGAGAAUGAGGUCAGUAAUUUAAAAUGGGCACAAAUGAGUUGGUGCAGGCUUCUCAUUCCCACUAAAGAUAAGUCAUGUUGUAUAAUUCUUUGGAUGGGGGAAUCCUGUUGCCCCGUUUCUACAGUAUUCUUGUUGUUCUUUUAACAUUUGGUGAAUUUUGCACAGCACUCUCAUUUUUGGGAACAACUCUCUUGUUUUGCCUUUCAUCUUAGGACUGAAUUAAUUUAAACCUCUCAAUGUGGCACACCAAACACUUGAUUUUGUUGAUGUGCUCUGUGUAUUUGUAAAGUGUAUCAUUUAUUCCACUAUGAGCACUGUAUCAAAGCUGUUUCAUUACUGAAAUUCACUUUUAGCACCUGCUUGCAACAUAGUUUACCAUUUUGUUUCUAUCGAUAGUGUAAGAACAUCAAGAUAGUUUAAUAAAAAAAAAAAAAAAAAAUGGAGUCAAAUAAAAGUACAAACCUCCGGAUAGGAAAUAUGCAAAAUCAUGUUUUAUGCUUUAUUUGCUUAUGCCGACCAUAAAACAUGUCAGUUACAUAUUAACACAUAAGAGUCAGAGAAUAAUCUAUUUUAUGUGUGUACAUGUCAAAAGAGACUUUAUUUAAAGAAUGAUUAAAUUGAUUAGAUGUUUGGUGUUUCCACACUCAGCUUUCUAAGAAUGUCUAUUCACACAAAGAUGAACUUUAUAUUGUUUGCUUCAUUAAGAAAUGUACUGUACAAUGAUUGUAAUAACAAAUCCAGUAAUAAAUGUUUCAAUUGUGAA